UCCAGUCAUACCAAACCCUCCAUACCCACCUCCUUGUCCACCAUAUCCACUAAUUCCCCCAUAUCCACCUCCUUGUCCACCAUAUCCACUAAUUCCCCCAUAUCCUCCCCCUUGUCCACCAUAUCCACUAAUUCCCCCAUAUCCUCCUCCUUGUCCACCAUGACCAAUAUUAAAUCCACCUCCUUUUCCACUAUAUCCACCCCCAUGUCCACUGUGUUUUCCCCUAUAUCCUCCCUUACCUCGAUGACUACCUUUUCCGUGAUUUCCUUUUCUAUUCCCAUAUCCGCUUUUCCCUCCAUGACUACCUUUAUGCUUUCCUCUGUUACCCUUAAAAUUGCCACCAUAGCCAAUUCCUUUACCACCAUGCCCAUGACCUCCUCCACCUUUUCCUCCAUAGCCACCACUACUAACCCCAUGUCCACCACCUCCUCCACCUUUUCCUCCAUAGCCACCACUACUACUAUCCCCAUAUCCUCCACCUUUUCCUCCAUAGCCACCACUACUACUAACCCCAUGUCCACCACCUCCUCCACCUUUUCCUCCAUAACCACCACUACUACUAUCCCCAUAUCCUCCACCUUUUCCUCCAUAGUCACCACUACUGCUACCCCCAUAUCCUCCACCUUUUCCUCCAUAGCCACCACUACUACUACCCCCAUAGCCACCACUACUACUAACCCCAUGUCCACCACCUCCUCCACCUUUUCCUCCAUAGCCAUUAUCACCAGGAUAAUGUUCUUUCCCUCCUUUUGUACCAUAACUACUACUUCCACCCCCAUAACUACUGUGCACACCAUCAUCACCACCUUUAUUAUAACCACUGCCUUUGCCAGAAAAGCUAAUCCCUUCACUUCCUGUACCACCAUCAUAACCACCCCCACUAUUGUGCUGUGUAUACUGAUUGGAAUUAGUGGCUGA